AUGACAGAACCUAUUUGUGAAGAUGAAGGCUUGCUGCAGGAGUGGUCACCUCUGACUCAACUUCUGCAGCAUAUUCCUUUAAAGAUUCAAAAGGGUUUAUUUUCGCAAAAUUUAAACUUAACAUGUUUAGAUGUUAUUUCCGACUACAUUGUGCUGGGAACUAAUUUAAGUAUAGUUUACUGGUACUGUAGGGAAAGUGGUGAUUUGCAAAGACUACGCCUGGAGAAUUCUAAUUGUGAAAUAACUUGUGUUAAAGUUGUUUCAACUGUUGAGUAUAUGGUAGCUGCUGGAACUAAUCAGGGUAUAGUAACUGUUUUUCAAAUACCCAAGCAGGUACCUAAAGCAGUUCCUAAUGCAUUGAAGCCCAAAAAUAAACAAAUUGAAAGAUUUACAAUCAAUGGCCUGCAUAAUGCUCCUAUAACAAACAUUGAAUGGAGUCAAAAUGGAAUGAAAUUAUUCAGUGGAGAUAAAAAUGGUGUUGUAGUUCUUACUGAAAUUGAUUUUGCCAUGCAUUUAACUAAAUCAGCAGAACUAUUGAAUGAGCAUUUUGAAAUUACUCAAUUAAGUUAUAACCAACAAAGUCUGUUGAUCUCGACAAUAUUUAGAUCUGUAAUAUGUGAUGGCACUAAAAAUUGGGAAAUUUGUCAAGUAGGAACAAAAGAAAGGAAAAUUCUUGGAAAAUUUGGUGCUACAUUUUGCAAAUUUGAACAUGGUGUAGUUUUAUAUGCUUGUAGACCAGGGUACCGUUUAUGGCUGUCAGAUAAGAGUGGAGUGGUCCAACAGACUCUUAUAUUUAAAUCUGCACUUCAGUCAACCUGUCCGAAAAUUCAAAUUAUAAAUCCUGUAAACAAAAAAGAGCCUUAUGAUACUGGUUUUGGAAAAAUAAUACAAUUUGGAGACAACAAAUUAAUAGCUUACAAUUCUGAAGUUUUAUAUGUUUUACAUCCUGGAGCUGUCAGUGUUGUUUCUGUUUUAUGCAAUGUGCGAAAAAUUUUAGAUUUAGCAGUUAAUGAAAAUGAAAUUUUUGUUCUCGAAGGAGAGAGAAGUUUAUUAAGAAUCAGUCCAGUACCUGAUAAGCAUUCGACAGAUAUGCUGUAUAAUUCAAUGUCUAGAAAAGCCUUUAAUUUAGAUGAUUUUGCUGCUAAAAUUAAAGACACUGCAGUGGGAUCAAUCAAAAAAAUUACCAAAGAUUUAAUUACAAUACCUGAAGAUUCUGGGUUGAGUUGUAAAAAAUUAAUAGUAAUUUUUUUUUUUAGUUCGUCACCCAAUUCUCCUCCUACAGUAGCUGAUGAAGCAGUUGAAUUACCGCCAAUUGUUCCUUUGCCAAACGGAAUGAUGCCUAGUCUUUUUCCCGAAAAUGUUGAAGUGCACUCUUCAAUUCCCAAUAAUAGUUGGUCAAAUAAUACCUUUUCAAAUAAUAGUAAACCUGAAAGUGUUGACAAUAAAGUUUCAAACACGUUAUUUAAUCAUGACUGUCACGAAGAAAUUAUUUUUAGGCCUUUAAGGAAGAAGCGCAAUAAAAAACCGAAAAAUUUGUUAAAUUCUUUAGUUUUAGAAUCUGAAUCGGAUACUACGAGUACCGUUAGCGACGAUAGGUUAACUUGGGGUAUCGCCAACGAUUUAUCAUUAUCAGAAGAAUCUGGUAUCAGUCAGUCUCAAUCAAGUUUUUCGGUGCUGCGUGAUAUACCAGCAUUGGUUCAAUCGGGAACUGGAACAAACAAAGGACCAGGAGUAGAAGAAAUUAUUUCAGUAGCUGAUAAUAAAUCUCAAACUUCUCUAGACACGUGUGAAAGUGUUUCCGAGCAAUUACCAUCGUCGGAAAAAUUUCGCAUCGAGCAGGAAAAAGUUUUUGCACAACUUGCAAACAGACCAUUCGUGUUGACAACAACAACAACCAACAGUGAAAAAACGGACAACAUGUCGGUGUCUUUUAACAUGACCACUUCAAGCAGUGUUUCCAGCAAAUUAAGCGAAAAUGUGGCAUCCCCAAGUGAAUACUCUGAUAAUUCAAGCAUGGUUUUGGGAACGAAAACGUCAGAAUCACAAACACCUGAUAAUUUUUUAAAUGAUGAUCAUCACCAUUCUCCCGAGAAUAUAAACCUCUGUCCGUCCAAUAGUAAUUUUCAAAACUGUAAUAAUUUAAGUAACAAUGAAAAAAAAAAUUUCGAUUUAAUUCAAAGUACAAGUUCUCAACCUUGUCACGAAUUAAAUGACGAGACAAAAAAUGAUAAAUUAAUAGCUCAAGAAAAACAUUUGGAUAGAAUUGAAAGUUCAGAAAAACUAACACUAGCGGAUCAGUUUUUUACUUCCGGUAAAAAUACAAGUAAUGUAGAAAAUAGAAAACGAGAAAAAAAGGAAAAUUCUGAUUACUCCUCGACCACCGAACAUUUGACCUACGGCCCACCAAGCGGAAGUAGUUUGUUAAGUUCGCAACCUUCUUCCGAUUACUCAUCUAUGUCGAACCAAACUUUAAAGCAGCAAAUACAAGAUUUUUCCGAUCAUUGGCCUCUACACAAAACUCCAGAAUCGAUGGUUAAUCUCGCCGUUUGUAAAAACUAUGGUCUUUGCGUAGAUGCCAACGACCAAGUGUAUUAUUCGGAUCUUUCUGGUCUCGCCUUAAAUUGGAUUCUUUUAGAUUUCAAAGCGUCUGCCAUUUCUGUAUCCUACGAUGGAUCAGUCGUUUGGUUAAUGCAUAAGAAAUCCGUUCACAGAUUGAAAAAUCAUUCGGAAAAAAAUCCUAUUUCAAACGAAACAGAAGAAAUUUCAUCCAACGCUUUGGCUUUUGCCGUUGAUCAAAAGACCAAUGACGGUUACAUAAUCACACCGAACGGGAAAAUUAUGCAUUAUCGCCAUUCGGUGGACGACGACAACGACAAUAACCAAGAAGAAGAAAUAUUUUGUCAUCAUUUUGUGACGGAUAUUGUAUGUUGGAAUGGUACGAUUGUCGUUUUAACGGAAAAUCAACAAUUGUUAUAUAAGUCGUCGUCCGAUAAAAGUUUCAAGAAUCUGUCGACGCCGAAGCCUCACAUCAAUAGUAUAUCAAUGGGACCCGACAAUCUUCUUUGGAUAGUAGACGAAAAAAAUUUAAUUUAUUUUUCCGAUAAUUAUUUCGAAGACAAUUCUCUUUGGUGGCAGAUUCAAAUUAGCGAUUACAUAUUUAGCAAUUCGUCUGCAACAUUUCAAAAUCUCUACAGUAAAAUAAAGUUGAACAGUUUGAAGGGGAACGUUCAUUGCAAAAACACGUACAUAACGUCGAAUGAAAAUUCAAUUUGGAUUUAUGAAAAAUUCGCUUCGACGACGAGAAUAAAUAAAACCGAUUUUACAGGCUACAAGUGGGACGAGAUUUUUUCCAAGCCGGCCAUGUCCACCAUUCCGUGGCAAGCCAUAUGUGCCGAAGGAGUUUUCGAAGACAAAGGUCACGUUUGGCUUUUAUUAACGGAUGGAAAUAUUUUUUGCCAUUCCCCCAAUUCAAAUGAUUUCCAGGCGAUUUCCGUACCUUGCGAUGAUGACGUCAUAUGUUUAGCAUCCUCUACGGACACGCUUUGGGUUUUGUCAGAAAGCGGAAGAUUAUAUUCGAGAUUAGGAUUGUCCGAGAGUAAUCUGUUUGGAAAUUCAUGGAGAGAAUUGAAGUUACCGCAAAUCGAUAAUUUAAAAUUGGUUUGGGUGUCGUGCGGAUGUGACGUUGCUUGGGGUUGCGACGUACUGGGAAGAACGUUCAUCACGAUCGGAUCUCCUCAUCAUAUGGCGACCAACAUAUUUGAUGCCGCUUGGUUGGAAGUCGAAGGAAAGCCCAAAGGAGUUCAUUUUAAAAAAGUUUUUGUCGGACCUCAACUUUACAUGGUUUGGGCUUUAGAUUCGAAAGGAAAUUUAUUCGUACGAGAAGGGAUAUUUUCUCAUUAUCAAAUAGGAACAAGUUGGGUGUACGUGGGCGGCAUCGAAGCAAUUCACGUUUCAAUUUCCGGUACUUCCGUUUGGGCUUUGGGAACAGACGGACGGAUUUACCGCCGAUGCGGAAUAUCGGAUAAAAAUUACAUCGGAGAUUUUUGGAAAAGCAUUCCGGGAGAUUUUAAAAUGAUGACAAGUUCAUUUACCGACGACCUUUGGGGCGUGACGCAAGAAAACAAAAUAAUGAAAUUGGAAUAUUACAUCAAAACCUUAGACAAAAAAGAUGGAAACGGUAAAGAAAUACAAUCGGAAGAUGUCAGCUGGGAUGUGCCGUUAAAAGCUAAUCUAAAGCUAUUAGCUUAA